AUGAGGCAAAACCCAAAGAACCCAAAUGUAUCCGUAUUCGAUAGCUUUUCAGAUUCAGAGGCUAAUUCCGAUAUAGAAACCGAGCGUAUGCAGGCAGAAGCCCCGAUCCCGGCAGCAGAUGAAAAGACAAAUGUACAUAGAUCCUUCUCUGCCGAAACCAGCAGAACAGAUGUAGCCAGCCCGACCCAGAAGAAUUCGCGCGACGCCGUGGAGCCGCCCACGUUCGAAAAUAGCACCUCGCCCAACGCAGCCGCCUCGGAAUCGUUUCUUCACUCUGCUGCCAGAGGUAGUUUCCAUUCGGAAAAGGUCUCAUUCUUUGAGCUCAUGCAGCGGCUAUCGCAAAACCAUGGCUCGUCUAUGUUUCAGUCGCUGAAUUCGGAGUAUAAGGUCAUUAUAGACAACUUGAACCUGCGGGAUGACUCGUACUUUGUAAUGGAGUGUGCGAGAGACUUAUCUGAACGAUUGCUCAUGAUGGAUGCGAUGACAGCCGAGCGGACCAUCCCCUCCAACGACCUCACGAAGGCUUUGGUGCAGAUUCUCUCCGAUCCCAUCUUUGCUGAGGACUUGGAGCUACACCUAGUGGUGUGUCGAUGCUUAUUUAAUCUAGUAGAACUUUACGAGGACUCGGCAAUUGAUGCCAUCAGCAAUAAAGCCAUCCAGGCCCUCCUUCCUAAAAUAAGCGAUAUUGUCUACAUUGAUCUCACGGAACAGUGCUUGCAGACAUUGGAGGUCUUGACCACCGAUCGUCUUGCGCAUUCCAUCUUUCUAGAGAAUGGGGGCAUCAAUGCCUGCUUGAAGAAUCUUGAUUUCUUGACAACUCACUCGCAGAAAAAAUGCUUGAAAAUCAUAUCGAACGUGAGCGCCAGCAUUGCAGUGUCCCACUUUACCUUCGUUGUUGACAGCUUCCACUCGUUACUAAACAUUCUUCUGUCUGACAUUGACCCUGCCAUCAACGAAUCCACCCAGACUAUUAUAUUCCGCAUAAUCGCAUGCUUCAAGAGCCAUCGUGAUAAUCUAGAAGCGCUAUUCCCAGCUGCAGAGUUGGUCGUCCAAUUCAUGCGCAUUGCCUUCCACCCAUUGGCCACUGAUAAUUUACAACUAGCGACGCAAAUGAAUUGCCAUGCUAGCUUAGAGGCCCUAGCUAGUCUCGCUCUGGCUUCGACUGGAAUCCGCGAUACUGUGCUCCAGAAUGACAUUGGGUCAUUCAUACGAACUUCGAUUGCAGUUGAUUCCGUGACGCUGAAAAAUAGACUUACUUUAAAACCUCAUUUCCUCAGGUCCGACAAAUUGAGCUCAACAAUGCUUACUUUGAUAGCUUGCUUUAUCCCAACCCAAUUUCGUGAAGCAGAGUUCUCUAUGUUACUACAUCCUGUUGGACGUUUCGACGAACAACAAUGUGUAGCUGAUAUCGAAUUGUUACAUUUGAAGUCAUACCUCUCCCAUAUCUUUCCAGUACUUGUAUGCUUUUAUGAGGAGUUUUCUGACAUUCGGCUUAAAGCUCGUGUCUUGAGCAGUCUUUCUGACAUUAUUUCCAUUCUAAAUUUCGACUCAGGAUUAUACUCUCCAUCUCCCACUGACUAUUCUGACUUUGUUGCGACUGUGGCGGAUGCUAUUGAUGGAGGGAAGUCUUGUCUCACGAAUUAUCUGGAAAAGGUGUCUAUGUCUGAUAUGUCACUUUUGUCAGCUUCUUGUUACGGCAUCAUGUCGGCAUUUAAAUUCUGGGGAUCACCAUUCCUAAUUUCAAUGGAUAGGGAGGGUGUGUUCAGCAUAAUUCAUGAAAUUGUUCACACAAUAGAUGAGAAGCAAAUACUUCUUGACGACAGUGAUGACCCAGUUGAACCAACUUCAACUCAUGACCCUAAAAAAGUACUGCUCAAAUUGCUUGGUGCAAUGUACAAAAUUUGUACUGAGUUAAUCUCUCACCGCGAGUCCAUGGGUACCGAAGUGACAUCUUUGUCAAAUUUCCCGGAAAUUCAAGAGUUCAUAAAGCAUGCAAGCUCGACUUUGACGGAUUUUGAGUAUUGUACUAAUGACGAGUUCGAAGCUCUAUGGAAGGAAUUUAGGACUAUACUUUGCAAAAAUUCAAUGACUGGUCACGAAUUGAAAUCGCUGAAUCUUUUGUCGAUUAUAUCAAAGCUCUUGUCUCUGACCCCGGUGAAAAAUUCCGUGUCUAUCCGAGCAUUUAUUUCUGUGUUUUACGAGGAUCGUGAUACUUUGUCGAGACUCAUUCACUUGCUUCAAGGUAUCUUAUCCAAGCAGAACAUACCCUCUGAACUUGAAUCCAAAGCACUAAACAACAAUUUACAGCUUCUCAAGAGAAGGAUCAACUUGAGUUUGCGUCAAAAGCUGUCUUCUGACGGUCUGGUUGCUAUCAAAGAUGAGGCCAUCAUGGCUCUGGUACCUGCUCUUAUGUCAUUCGAUGAUCUUGCUAAUUUCCUCAGAGAACGUUUGAUGCAAGGUUCCAAUUCUGGUGCCCUAAGUAAGUUUGCAGAGAAGACUUCCGAAAGCUGCGAAAACCAAAGGUACUCAGUAGAUUUUUACUAUAAUGGCAAGCUCAUUAAAAGGUCCAACACCAUCUAUGGAACAAUACUGGGCGCUCUUACAUCCAAAUCCGUUGGAAGGAGCUCUGAAAUCGCUGAGCUAUACAGUACGCACGAAGUCUUGUAUGAUCUAGUUUCACAUCAAGAGGAGAAUAAAUCUUCUCAAACAAAAGAGUUAGCCCCACCAACAGAUAGCUGUUUGGUCUUGCUUUCAAACCUCAACACGAUAAAUGAAAAUUUUGUCCGUCCACAGCUUCAAUUAGAGGAGAGUGUCUUUGUUAAUUUCACACUUAGUUUGAAAUUGCAAAGGAUGCUCGAGAGUCCUUUAAUCGCAAUUAAUGGUUUGUUACCUGAAUGGUGCUAUUUAUUUAUUCGGCAUGCUCCGUUUUUGUUUCCGAUUGAACUCAAAUUGCAGAUACUACGCUGUUUAUCUUUUGGUUUGUCACGAACCGAUUUAUUUCAGUUUGAAAGGCUACGUGGUGCUCGUCGCGGUUCAGGAACCGCCGCUGACACUAACAGAUCACUCAGCGAAUCAAUUGGGCACGCCUCUAGAAUAAAAUUACGUGUUUCUAGGGACCAUAUUUUUAAGAGCGCAAUGAAAAUUCUACGCGAGUAUGGGUUACUGCCAUCAAUCUUGGAGAUUGAAUUUAUGAAUGAAAUUGGUACUGGCCUCGGGCCAACAUUGGAGUUUUACAGUUUGGUAUCGCAGUGCUUCUCUACUGAUAGUGGAAUGUGGAGACAUUCUGCUAAAGAUCACACUAGUGUGGCAAACGGGUUAUUUCCCGCCUCGGUCGGGCAAAAUGAAAGGAAUUGCAUUGUACAGAAUCACUUCAAGUCCCUAGGUCAAUUUAUUGCAAGAGCGAUUUUUGAUUCGAGAAAUCUAGAUUUCUACCUCAACCCUGUUUUCAUUCGUGCUAUCCAAAAUUGGCCGCAGUACUCAGAAUUUGUUAAUUCUUCAGACCUUGACACUCUUUUAGAUCUCUUGACACAAGUUGAUCCUGUGCUUUCCUCAUCGCUCACCCAUAUCCUUUCAAUGACAACCUCGGGCAAGAGUAAAGUUGAAGAUCUUUGUCUCUCAUUCGUUCAACCGGGUUGUUCAGAUCUCGAGCUUGUUGAGAAUGGAAAGAAUACUCUUGUCACAAAUGCAAAUGUUCACCAAUAUCUCAUUUUGGCUUGCAAAUCGAUUUUGGUUCUGGGUAUAGCAAGCAACAUUGACUCCUUCAGAAAAGGAUUUUCUUCACUAUUACCGUUGAAUGUUUUGACUUUGUUCUCUGCUCGUCAGUUCAGUGAUUUGAUGGGCAAUGGCGAAGAAGAUUGGACAAUAGAGACACUCAAGAGCGCUAUUGGUACUGACCAUGGCUAUUCGGAUGAUUCCGAAGCGAUCAGAAAUUUGCUCAGUAUUCUCAACGAGUUUACGAGACAUGAACAACGUGAUUUCUUGCAAUUCCUCACAGGAUCACCAAGAUUACCUAUAGGAGGCUUCGCAGCGUUGGAGCCAAAAUUGACAAUAGUGAAAAAAUUUGUCGAGACGGGAAUGACCAGAGACGAGCAUUUGCCUUCCGUUAUGACGUGUGCAAAUUAUCUAAAAUUGCCAGAUUACUCACUGAGGGCGGUAAUGAAAAUGAAAAUCUUACAGGCUAUAAAGGAAGGCUCUGGCGAAUUUCUAUUGUCCUAG